AUGACUUCGCAAGCUAUUGUAGUCAUGGCGCCGCAACCAGCAAACUUGGGCGACCACACAACAUCAAUAUUUCUCGCGGGUAUCACAACAAGCACGGGCGAGCCAGAUUGGCGCCAAGCCCUUACCGAUGCACUGAACAACUAUCCAGUCACAAUCCUCAACCCCAAUCGACCGGACUGGGACAGCACAUGGAGAGAAGAUUUCUCUGACAAGCGUUGGGUUGAGCAGGUCUCGUGGGAGCUAGAUAUGCAAGAAGCUGCAGACAUCGUUGUCUUCAUGUUUCACGAAGCCACGGAAGCACCGAUCAGUCUUAUGGAGCUUGGUUUGGCAGUCAGGACGAAGCCAGUCAUUGUAUGCGCCCAUCCUAACUACAGGAAAAGAGGAAAUGUGGACGCAGUCUGUAGCAGGUUUGGUGCAAAGUUGUUGAGCACGCAAGGGGAACUCAGAGAUCGUUUGAUCGCAACGUUAGACCGCAGAUUGAAAUGA